CCGUUCCGAAAAUCAAAAUUCGUCUGAACGCUAAUGGUCACCUUCAAGCUGCGCUAUCAUAGUUCAAAUUUGAACCUUGAAGUUUUAUUUAUAUUUUAAUGUUUUCUAAACUACAAAAAAGUAAAAUGUCGAAGAGAAUAAUAUCGAAAAGUUCUAACGGGCAGAAAAGAUCAAGUUCGACAUUUUCAAGUUUAUUGAGUUUGAAUACAAGUGGGGAAGAAGGAGACGAAACCCAUCUAAGAAGAGGAGCGUGCCCUUCCAAGCGCCCAUCAACAUAUAUGGAUCAAUCUAGAGGAGAGGCUGAAAAUCCAUCAUUAUCAAGAGUGAAGAAAAAGAAAUCGUGGACUUGGUUGCAUUUUGAUGAGAUUGAAAACACAAAAACAUGCAAGUGUAAAUACUGUCCAACAACAUUUGUCAUUAAUGGCACUGGCACAAUGGCAAAACACAUGCAUUCCAAACACCCAGCCAUGAUAGCUCUGGCUUCCAAGCACCCAAACAUGAUAGCUCUGGAUCCCCAGCACCCAAGCGUGAUAGCUCAGUCAAAGCAAAGCACUCAGAAUACUAAAGAAAAAAUCACUAAAUCAUUUAAGGGUGAUGUUAAUAUUGCUCAUAAAGCAUUCCUCGAGUUUGUUGUGAGCAACAAUCAUGCCUUAACACUCGGGGAAGAACCCCUGUUUCAAAAAUUUGUUUCAACAUUGCAGCCAUUGUACAAACCCCUUAGUGGGACAGCGCUGAAGGAUAUGAUGAUGCAAACAUAUAUGAAAACAAGACAGCAAGUUAUUGACAGGCUCACUGAGACCAGUGUGGCACUAACUACUGAUAUGUGGAUCUCACCCAAUAAUGUAGCAUUUUUGGUUACCGGGGUUGCUAUAUGGAAUGAAGGAAUCAAACCUAUUAACAUCAUCAUUGGUUUCAAACAUGUAAUGGGGGAACUUUCCGGUGUUAACUUGGCAGAGAGCUUCUACGACACUGUUACGUUUUAUCAACUUAACGACAACAUGUUGUCUAUCACAACGGACGAUGCCACUUCGAGUGAAGCGUUCGCAGAUCACAUUACUUACCUGUCUAGCAAUACUUCCCGCCCUUUCAAGAAAGAUUAUUGGUUUCGGUGUUUUACACAAGUGAUAAAUCUCUGUGUAAAAUGUGCAGUUGAAGAAAUGUUUGCACUUCUUCAAAAGCUUCGCGAUCUUGUCGUCGAAAUAAGAGCCUUCCCGCAACGCAUUCAAAAAUUCAAGACAAUCGUAAAUGAAUGUGGAUUGGAAAAUUUAGAAUAUGAAGAAGACGAAGUAUUUUGUUUUGAAGGAGCUAUAAUUCCGGAUGAUAUACUUCCAGUUUUGGAUUGCCCAAAGCGUUGGAGCUCAACAUACUUCUUCCUUAAACGUGGAUUGAAACUCAGACCUGCCUUCGACAAAAUCGCGGAAGAUCAAGAGCUCAGUAAAAACUUAUUGGGCGAGGAAGACUGGAUUAGCUUCCGACAAAUGUUUUCAUUUCUUGAGGAGUUCACUCUUGUAACUACCUAUAUUGAGGCAAAUCAACAUCCUACGGUGUCUCUUGUUGUACCGAUGUGCAACCGACUCUUGAAUCUACUUGAAGAAACUUCACAAGAACCGAGUAACCAUCCGUUACUUGUAAAGGGAGCUGCAGCCGGUUUAUUAAAACUGUCAACAUACUAUGAUAAAGCUUCCCCCGUCGUUAUGGCGGCUACUUUUAUGGACCCUAGAUGUAAAAUGCAAUACUUCAUUGAUAAUGGUUGGAGUUGCGGAGGUGAGACAGUUGAUGCGUUUGACGGUAUAGAAGAGAAUCUUAUCACAAGCAGAGUCAAGCCAGUCAUUGAGAGUGUAUGGGGCCAAUAUAACGCACCACCCAGUCCGCCAUCGAAAAGCAACCAUUCUACGCCCAAAAACGAAAACUCAACAAAGACAAACAAGAGCGCCAUUAGCACCAAAUCUAAAAUCAACAACAGUUAUUUUGCUCAAGUGGUUUUCGGAUCGAGUAGCCAGACAAGUAAUAGAUUCGAAAAAGAUGAAAUGGCUGAGUAUGAGGAAGAGGAGACAGAACCAGCCGAUUGUGAUCCCAUGGCUGUUUUUGAGUAUUGGUCCAACAGAUCAAGUCGAUGGCCAAGGCUCUGCGCAAUGGCUAAAGACUUGCUAUCUAUUCCUGCUACAACUGCGGCUAGUGAGAGAACGUUCAGCGCUGGCAAAGAUUUAUUCGAUUUUGCAGGAAUGAAUCUGAAUCCUGAGGCUGCUGAAGCUCUUGUAUGUUUACGCUCUUGGUAUAGAGCAGGGCUAAUGAACGAUGGUGAUCAUGAAUUUAUCGAAGGAAAGAGUGACAGUCACAACGAUUAGAGAGUUUGGAUUGCAUGCAAUGAUUGGAUGGAAAAUUGAAGUGCUGUAACUUUAUUCUUGUUAUCCCUUAUCUCCCAAAAUGACGAAAACAAUAUAAUUUGUAACACGAAAAA